AUGUCUGCCGUAUAUUGCGGAAGCAAGCGAUCUUUCUUCGAGGAUAUCCCUUCUCCUCCGUCUACGAAGAGGUUCCGAUGUUAUUCUCCUUCAGAUUCUCCAUCCUGGUCCUCUCCUUGCUCAUCGCUCGAUCAGCUUCGUACUGCGUUUCCUCAUCUUGAACUCACGGUUCUUGUGAAGGCACUAGAAGAACAUGGGAGUGAUUUGAAUGCUGCUAUGAAGAGCUUAUACUCUUUGGUAUCUGCUAAGGAGAAGGAAGCUGAAGAAUUGCCCGCAGGAGGUGCUAUUAAGGAAACUGAGGUCGUUUCUGGUGGAACCUUUACUGCUUCAGAAAAUUUACCGACGAGUGGUGAUGACUGGGUUGAAUUGUUAGUGAGGGAGGUGACACAAGCUACUGGUACAGAUGAUGCCAAAGCCCGUGCAUCAAGAGUCCUGGAGGCUUUAGAGAAGAUGCUAAGUGCCCGUGCUAGAGAAGAAGCUGGGAAAAAAUUUGAAGAGGAGAAGGCAGCAGUGCAGCAACAACUGGAGGCCUUGAUCAAGGACAACACAGUCCUGAAACGUGCUGUUGCUAUCCAGCAUGAGCGUCAGAAGCCGUUUGAAGAUGCGAACCAGCAGCUAGAACUUUUGAAACACCUGAUUCCUCAGUACCAGGAAAAGCUCAGAACUCUGGAGGUGAACAACUAUGCAUUGAGAAUGCAACUGCAGCAAGUGGAACAUGGCAACCCCAUGCCGAUGAGAUUCAAUCCGGACGUCUUCUAA